CGGGUGGUCGCGCGGGAAGCUACGGGGCACCUGGACUGACUGCUGGUUCCGUGGCAUGUCGGAGGCUUCUGGCUUCUCGGCGCCUUUAGACAAAGCUGAGCUAACAGGCUAACAUGUCGAACAGCGAGCGUUAACAUUAGCAAAUAUUUUAGUUCUGACCCAAAGGAUCCGCUCGGAGAAAGGUUUUGAACCGAUAAAGCAUCAGGUUGUUUUCCUCCGCGCAUUCUCAAACAACCACCAUCACACCCACAGAUCACCCACUGGUCUCCGGUGAGCAGCGCCGCUCGGCCGGCUAGCAGCUAGCCGUGUAGCUUUGGGUUGCCCGCCAUCUUUUAGAGCUCGGUUGUGCGAUGGAAGUUUGUUUCUUCGGGGGAUCCAUUGAGCUGAAGCAUCAGCGCCUGGACUGAACCCUCACCGGUGUCCCCUCACACACACACACACACCCCUGCGGAGUCAUAUUUUCUCACCUUCAGGCAAGACGCUGCCGGUCCACGGUGCAUUGCUGCGUCUUCAUCGUCCACCAUGUCGGACGCCCCAGAGGCUGCACCAGCCAGCCCCGCCGCCAUCACCAACCCGCCCCCUCCUGAGGUGUCCAACCCAAACAAACCUGGCAGGAAGACCAACCAACUGCAGUACAUGCAGAACGUGGUGGUGAAAACCCUGUGGAAGCACCAGUUUGCCUGGCCAUUCUACCAGCCGGUGGACGCCAUCAAGCUCUGUUUGUGGGACUACCACAAGGUGAUCAAGAACCCCAUGGACAUGGGAACCAUCAAAAAGCGUUUGGAGAACAAUUAUUACUGGAGCGCCAGUGAAGCCAUGCAGGACUUCAACACCAUGUUCACCAACUGUUACAUCUACAACAAGCCUACAGAUGACAUCGUCCUCAUGGCUCAGGCUCUAGAGAAGAUCUUCUUGCAGAAAGUGGCCCAGAUGCCUCAGGAGGAAGUGGCUCUGUUGCCUCCAGCUCCAAAAGGAAAGAACAAGAGCAAACAGCCGGCCGCCACCACAGUGAGUCAGCAGGCGGAGUCUUCAGCCUCCCCUCCCGCCUCGUACCCCUCCCCCUCCCCGUCUCAGACACCUGUCAUCUCCACCACACCCACACCUGUCCAAGCCACACCCCCUGUUUCUACUCCACAGCCACCACCAGCCAUGAUGCCAUCUGCCCAGCCUGUCGUCAAGAAAAAGGGUGUGAAGAGGAAAGCUGACACCACCACCCCCACCACAUCCGCCAUCUCUGCCGGUCGUGCCGACUCUCCAUCUCCUCAAGACACCAAACCGGCCAAACUGGCAUCAUCUCGCCGCGAAGCCGCCGCACGCCCUGCUAAGACCCGCCGGGAGACAGUGGAAGAGUUGGUGGUCGGUGAUGUUGGGGGCGGGGUUGCAGCGGCAGGCGGGAGGAAGGCCGGAAAGGUGGGCGAGCAGAUGAAACAUUGUGACGCCAUCCUGAAGGAGAUGCUGUCAAAGAAACACGCCGCCUACGCGUGGCCGUUCUACAAACCUGUGGACGCGGAGGCGCUGGAACUGCACGACUACCAUGACAUCAUCAAACACCCCAUGGACCUGAGCACUGUCCGGAAAAAGAUGGAUAAAGGAGAGUACUCCGACCCACAGAGCUUCGCCACCGAUGUUCGGUUAAUGUUCUCCAACUGCUACAAAUACAACCCUCCAGACCAUGAGGUGGUCGCCAUGGCCCGCAAGCUGCAGGACGUGUUUGAGAUGCGUUUUGCUAAAAUCCCUGAUGAGGGUCUAGAGGUGUCCGACCCAUCUACCACUCCCUUGGUCAGUAAAAGCACCGCCUCCUCCGACAGCAGCAACAACUCCUCCUCUGAUGAAUCCUCCGACUCCGAGGAGGAGCGAGCCACGCGACUGGCCGAGCUACAGGAGCAGGUUGGUGCUGCCGACCAAUCACAGCUGAAGGCCGUGCAUGAGCAGCUGGCCGUCCUGUCGCAGGCACCCGUCAGCAAGCCAAAGAAGAAGAAAGAGAAGAAAGACAAGGAGAAAAAGAAAGACAAGGACAAGGACAAAGGAAACAAAAGCAAGAUAGAAGAAGAGAAGAAGCCUAAGGCUACACCCCAACAGCCAAAACCAGCCAAUCAGAAGAAGGCGCCAGCCAGGAAAGCCAACAGUACAGUAACAGCCACCAGGCAACCGAAGAAAGCCAGUAAAAUGUCAGGCAGUGGUUCAGCCAACGGAGACGACGGCGAAGAGUCGUCCCUACCAAUGUCGUACGACGAGAAGCGUCAGCUGAGUCUGGACAUCAACCGGCUUCCGGGGGAGAAGCUGGGCCGCGUUGUACACAUCAUCCAGUCCAGAGAGCCAUCGCUCCGAGACUCCAACCCCGAUGAGAUUGAGAUUGACUUUGAGACGCUCAAACCCUCCACACUUCGAGAGCUGGAGCGCUACGUCAAGUCCUGCCUGCAGAAGAAGCAGAGGAAGCUAAUGCAGAAAGCAGCAGGGGGCGGGGCCUCGGGAGGUGGCGCCAGUCGUUUGAGUGGGAGCUCCUCUUCCUCAUCUGAUGACAGCUCUUCGACAGGAACAUCCUCUUCCUCCGACACAGACUGAAAACACACACACACACCCAGACAUGGAGACUGUAUGUAAAUAGGCUGACCUGUUCUUUAGCUCCUAGUGUUUUUUGUUUUGUUUAUUUUCCUGGAGGAAAAUGUGGAGUUGAAGGAGAGAGAAUCAGCCUGAUCCGAGCCCUCUCUCUGCAACAGAACCACUGAGGCUCCUCCUCCUCACUAAUGAUCGGAGGUGACCCCAAACCUCUUAACACAUUCCAGGAUCAUUGGUAGAGUACCGCAGGAGAGGAGACAUGGCUUCUCUGGUCAGGAGAUGCUAAUUCUCUGGAGAUGAAUGGUUGAGGUCUGACGUCACCUGAUGAAGAGGAGGAGUCGGGACGUUCCAGAGCAAAGCUUUUAAUCAGUUAUCAGUUCUGUUCAAUAAGUUGGUUUUAACACAUCGAGUAUCAGUGACAGCUGAACUGGACCAGGUCCUCGAGUCGUCUGAGAGCAGGAUUCUUCAUCAGGCUUCCGGAUGAGGUUUAGAUGAUCAUGGUUCCUGUGGAGAUCCACUUGAAGCUGACUGGACCUCAGAAAUGUCCAACAGGAGGUCCGGGUCAGAAUUCAACCGCAGUCCCAUGCAGCUCGGUGCCGCUGUGAGAUGCGAACGAUGAUGAAAAUCAGAAAAUCCAGGACCCGGUUCUGUCGACCCUGUUCUUACCAGCUGGUUCCAAGUUAUUAUUCUCACGGAUCAUCCCUCUACAACACCAACAUGACGUAUUGAGACCAUUUUUGCUCCUCCUCUGACCCAAAAUCCAUCACUUCCUGUUUGUUCUGGGGUUGUUGUCAUGGUAACCAGCCAGGCUUUUGUAAACACUACAUUUCCUCUGAGUUUCCAGGUAGCGUGCUGAACUCGUCUAUAUAAAAAUGUCCCAGCUAUGGCCCCGCCCCCUUCCUGGUCCGAGCCCCUCCCCUCUUGAGAGGACAAAUCCAGAACUGAACUCUUGUUUCUGUAAAAAGCUUCCUGUCGAUGCGAGGAUGGAGAUAAACGCUGGUCGGACCUGGGAGGUGUGGCGAGUGAUGGGUUCUGGUUUCUGUUGGUCCAGCUGGAUUAGAGUGUGUCACCAGAGUCAUGUGACUGGACUGAGGAGAGAGAUCACCUGACCACUCAUCCAACAGCUUAGAACGCCCACAUCACCUGUUGUCAGAAGCCAAGGAGGAGCGAGUUAGGCGCGGCCACUCGUGAGAGGAUCACUGUCCUGUCAUUGGUGAUCAGUUGGCCCUGAGUUGUGUCUGUCAGGUUGCAGUCAUUGUUACUGUGGUUACCAAGAAGUAACAGCAGUAAGUGAUUGGCUGGACUCCGACUGAUCACUUCCUGUGUUCUGAUUGCGGCGCCCCCCGGAGGAGCUCAGACUGACCCCACCUCAUCAGAGUUCAAUCGCCAGCCACUUCCUGUCUGACUUCAACAUGUUUUUAUUGAUGAAUCUUUUUUUAACCAGAGGUCAUGACCUUCCUGUGUGUGGAGUCGUUAUGGAAACAGAUCUGACUUAGUUUUUUUUUUUAACUGGUGAAGUUAUCCUGACGGAUCAAUAACCUCAAACAGUUUAUCGAUCUCUGGAAGUGAGUGACGGACAGCCGUCGCUAUGGUAACCCCCAUGUUUGUUUUUAGUUGAUGGUCAAGCGUCGAUGCUUAUAGUGGAUUUUGUAUUUUAAUAAGAAAAAGAAAGUGAUUUUAUGUAUCUGCAUGCACUCCGGCCGUUCGUUCUUUCUUCUGUCUGUUUGAGCACUGUAUAGUAGCUGUAAGUAGCUGUCCAAGGAGGAGACGGAGACAGAGACAGACCCCCCACCCCCUAUAGUGUAGACGCAACAAAUGCACCCAACAACACCUGGAGGUUUUGUUGUAACUGAAACGGGAUCCUUAUUUUCUGAGUUCAUUUGUUUUCAUAAAUAAACACAUAAACAGGAA